GGAUACGUCGUCCUUUGUUGCUCAAGCAUCGGGCCCAGGCCCAAUCUACAAGGAAAGGCCCUUGCCAUCCGGCAAGUGUCACUCCCGAGCUUCUCUCCUCGGCGCGCGGCCGGCCCAUCGCCCCGCAUGGCGCCGCAGAGCUCCGUGCCCCUCCUGAGGGCCCUCCCCGCCCUGCUCCUCGCGGCCGCCCUGCGCGGCUGCUCCGGCGCCCCGGCGGGCGGCCGGGCGCUGCAGACGGUCGUCGGGCCCGACGGCACGCUCACGCAGGCGGGCCGCGCGGGCGCCGCGGGCGGCGCCGGGCAGCCGCCGGCGUACGGGCCUACGCGGCCUACGGCCUACGCGGCCCCGGCCUACGCGGGCGGCAGCCCCGCCUACGCGAGCCGCGGGGCGCCGCCCGGGUACUCGGUGCCCGUGGCCUCGGCGGCGCCCGCGUCCUCCGCGCCCGUGUACUCGGCGGCGGCGUCGGCGGGCCCGCCGUGCCUCGUGCCCAUGUGGGACGAGGAGUCGUACGUGUGCAAGGAGAGCACGAGGACUUCAUGAGCGUGCGGACCGAGAUGCCCGCGCCGCAGUGGGUGUGCGGGGUCGCCGGGUGCGCCUGGAGCGAGGCGAGGCCCAGCACGCCCGGCGCCGUCGCGGACGCCUUCGGGGUCACGCGGGUGUGGCUCCCGGACGCCUCGAAGUGCACCGUGGGCGGGCCCGGGACGAAGUAUUCCUUUUGGAUGACCUCGGCGGUGACCGAGAUGAUGUGCACGGCGGGCGUGUGGGACGACGGCAAGGGCAAGCCGAUCACUGCGAUCGAGAUGCAGACGGCGCUGUGGUUCACCAUCGCCUCGGCGGUCGUGGCUGUCGCUGCCGUCUACCUCGUCUACAAGAUGUGCUACGACACGGAGUCCCCGUGGUACACGUGGAGGCAGGAGCAGGCGGUGAAGUGGGGCUUCGCGACGGCGCCCCCGCCGGUCGAGGAGGCGGGCGGCGACGCCAAGGCGUCGGGCCCGCAGCACGGCAUCAACAUCAGCAUCUCGAACGCGAGCGGGGGCGGGCCUGCGCCCGCGGCGCAGGCCCGGCCCGCUCGAGGGCGCGGCGCCCCCAGGCUGAAGAAUGCCUUCGACGUGCGCUUCGUGCCGCGCUCCACCAACAAGUCUCUGAAGAUCAACGAGUUGACAGCGGAGAGCGUCGGCUCGCUGGUGCAGCUAGAUUGCCUGGUGGUGCGCGUGGGGAUGGUGAAGCCGAAGGUGGAGGUGGCCACCUACCACUGCGAGGUCUGCGACGCCGAGAUCUUCCAGACCGUGGAGUCGGACCGCUACACGCCGCCCACCGAGUGCCCUUCGGAGAGGUGCAAGCAGAACCGCCAGACCGGCAAGCUGCGCUGCAACGUCCGGACUUGCCAGUUCGGCAAGCACCAGGAGAGG